UUACAGUGAGCUCGCGUCGAUAAGUGCGUAAUGAUGGCUGAGACUCGGGUUGCACUACGCCCACCAGAGUGAGUCCGGUGUCAGGGUCCAGGCUGCGUGAAUCAUCCGGGCGGCGCCUUCCUAUAAAACCGCUACACCACUUUUCCUCAACUUCUCAGCUCCUCCUGCUUCCCCUCCGGGCUCUUCUCCUCCACGACAAAACGCCCUUCUGCAAACAUGCCUUCUGAGCUGGAAACAGCCAUGGAGUCCCUCAUCACAGUCUUCCAUCGGUAUGCCUCGCGUGAUGGAAAGACUGGAACGCUCAACCGACGAGAGCUUCGAGAGCUGAUGGAGAACGAGCUGUCAAACUUUCUGAGGUCACAGAAGGACCCGGCUGCCGUGGACAAGAUAAUGAAGGACCUGGACGCUAACGGCGACGGCCAGGUCGACUUUGAGGAGUUUGUGUCUCUGGUGGUUGGACUGUCGAUCGCCUGUGAGCAGUGUUAUCAGAUGCACAUGAAGAAGACGGGACGGAAGUAAAACUACAACAAUGUGAUGCUUCAAAACAUUUCAUUUCAAUUAAACAUCCUCAGAUUUCAAACAUCUGUGUGUGUUUUCUAUUCAGUGGGACCUCCUGAGCGACACAUUAGCAUUAGCUACAGGACAAUAGGGUGACGUUCCGCCUCUUUGGGGCUAAAAACCAUUCAGGAGGAUUUUGGCCUUCUUAGUCUUAAACGUGUUCUCUGUGUCUCCGUCUCGCUUGCAUUAUAUGCGGAAGACAGAAACCUGUGCUGCCUGCUGCUGCAUCACUCAGGUGCUGACCGAUCGCAUCACCAGAAGAGAGAAGGUGAUGACAGAUGAAAAUACUGGAAUGCUCAAGUGAUAUAACCCCACUUUCUGCCGAAACUACACUGGAAGUC